AUGGAGGGUGGAGAAGAUAGAAAAAUCAGUAGAGAAGGUGAGAAAGAAGGUGAUCAUGGUGGGAAUAUUUCGCCGAGGAUUAGUAUUAAGCAGAUUGCUGGGAUGAUUUCAUUGAAGGAUGGCCUAAAUGGCUUGUUGAUAACAUUCCUAGAGAUGUCCUUGCUGUCUUGGUUCCAUAGAGUGCUGAUUCUUAUGAUAAACUUGCAAAGUGCUGUCAAGAGUUACAUGCUGCAGCAGCUGCUCUCAGGUCUACAGCAUUGCCACAGGGACGUUAAAGCAUCUAACUUGCUAAUCGAUAAAGAUAGAAUGCUUCAAAUCGCAGAUUUUGGACUUGCUAACUUCUAUCGGCCUAAACCGAAGUGGCCUCUAGCAAGCCGAGUUGUAACAUUAUGGUAUAGAGCUCCAGAACUUCUUCUGGGUUCUACUGAUUAUGGAGUUGGCAUUGGGAUGUCUUCUAGGGGAGAUGUUUGUAGGAAGGCCAAUCAUGCCUGGCAGAAAUGA